UAGAAAAAUCAACAAUUUCGAAAGAAGUCACAUUUAGCGACAAGCUCUUAACAAUUUUGAAAAAAAGCUAACUUAGCUCGAUAACAGCUAAGCUGGCAACACUGUUUGCGAGUGUUGUGCAACAACAAUAAGGCCAACCCCCCUCUCAACACACACACACACACACAGACAUGCUCAAGUUAAUUGAAUGUUGCCUAAUUCGCUACAGCCACGAAAAACAUCAACAUAUCCUGCAAGAACCCAGCUAAAACUGGAACUGGAAAGGCGAAAAAUUUCUAUACAUAUAUAUGUUUUGUUAGCAAAAUGCCAAGUGACGCCAAUUUUAUAGACUUUUUCUAAAAAAACAACAAAGUAAAAAUACACAGCAGCAAUAAAUUUAAUAGAAAUAUAGAUACAUAUACGACAUUAAUCCCGGCGCCAGAUUUAGCUGAGCAUGGCUGUCGGCGGACGGACUCGGAAGCGCAAACACAGAAGCCAUGCGGCUGGCGACACGCCGACGACAACAGCAGCAGCAGCAGCAGCGGCAGGAACAGCAGCAACAGCGACAGCAGCAAUAACUAACAGCAGCAGCAGCAGCGGGAACACGCCGGCAACAGGGGGGCUGGGCAGGGGCUGGCCCAUGCUGGAGCAGCGUGAUUUGCUGGAGGAUGUCACACAGGGCGCUGGCGAGGCUAAUAAUUUCACGCAUAAUUUCGUGGAUUUGCAAAAUCUCUUGAAUUUCAAUGAUGCUGCCAGCAGCAACAACAGCAACAACAGCAGCAACAAUGUUGUCGGCGUCAGCUUCUCGCCGAGUGCUAUUAAAUUGAGUAACGGGGCCAUUACGGACACACUUCUGGGCACCAUCUUGACCACGGCAACGGCAACGGUGGCGCCCGCCGCCAGCUCCCUGAUAUCCAGCCUUACUGCUGCCACAGCAACAGCAACAACUACAACAGCCGCAACAGCAACAAGCAGCAGCAGUUCCCAGUUGGCGGCAAUUGGCAUGCCCGGCGCCGUGAUUGUGGCCGAUGCCACCUCGUCCAGCUAUUAUGCCAGCCUGCUGAACAUGUCGCCGGCCACCACGAGCCUGAUUACGGCGGCGGCGGCCACCAAGUCGUACAAUGACAGCUUGCUGCGCUGGGAUCAACUCGAUGGCAAUGUGGACUUUGGCUUUGAUCCGCUCUAUCGCCACUCGCUGGCCAUGUCCAUUGUCUAUUGUGUCGCCUAUAUUGUCGUGUUCCUCGUCGGUCUCAUUGGCAACAGCUUUGUGAUUGCCGUCGUCCUGCGUGCCCCGCGUAUGCGCACCGUGACCAACUACUUCAUUGUCAACCUCGCCAUUGCCGACAUUCUGGUGAUUGUCUUCUGUCUGCCCGCUACGCUAAUUGGCAACCUUUUUGUGCCCUGGAUGCUCGGCUGGCUGAUGUGCAAGUUUGUGCCCUACAUACAGGGUGUCUCGGUGGCGGCUUCGGUUUACAGCUUAAUUGCCGUCUCGCUAGACAGGUUCAUUGCCAUCUGGUGGCCAUUGAAGCAGAUGACAAAGCGACGUGCACGCAUCAUGAUAAUCGGCAUUUGGGUAAUCGCAUUGGUUACCACCAUUCCGUGGCUAUUGUUCUUCGAUUUGGUGCCCGCGGAGGAGGUCUUCUCGGAUGCCCUGGUCUCAAGCUAUACGCAGCCGCAGUAUUUGUGCCAGGAGGUCUGGCCGCCGGGCACCGAUGGCAAUUUGUACUUUCUGCUGGCCAAUUUGGUGGCCUGCUAUUUGCUGCCCAUGUCCCUGAUAACAUUAUGCUACGUUCUGAUUUGGAUCAAGGUCUCGACGCGCAGCAUACCUGGCGAGCUCUCCAAGGACGCACAGAUGGACCGCAUGCAGCAGAAGAGCAAGGUGAAGGUCAUCAAAAUGCUUGUCGCCGUUGUCAUAUUGUUUGUCCUGUCCUGGCUGCCACUCUACGUGAUUUUUGCACGCAUCAAGUUCGGCUCGGAUAUAUCGCAGGAGGAGUUCGAGAUACUCAAGAAGGUGAUGCCGCUGGCCCAGUGGCUGGGCUCAUCGAAUAGCUGCAUCAAUCCCAUACUCUACUCAGUCAACAAGAAAUAUCGACGCGGCUUUGCGGCCAUCAUCAAGUCGCGCAGCUGCUGCGGCAGACUCAGAUACUAUGACAAUGUGGCCAUUGCUUCGUCUACGACCAGCACCAGGAAGUCCUCGCACUAUCAUCCAAACGGUUCGCGCAAGAGUCCCAGCAGCCCAGGUCUGAGGAAGACCAAUGCCGUCUCGUACAUUUACGAGCACAACUCGCUGCGUCGCCACAAUCUGAUGAUGAAGCAGGACAGCAAUUUGUCUCAGCAGAUGCUGCUCAAGCAGGACUCGCACGGCUCACGGCAGUUCCUCAUCAAGCAGGAGAGCUCCUGCAGCGACGCCUCCGGCACGCGGCGUCUGCUCUGCCAGCAGGACAGCAACGGCAGCAAGGUGUCGCUCUCCAAGCAGGACUCGAUUGUCUCCUACAUGGAGUCGCGCCGCGUGGCCGCACUCGCUGCCCAGGAGCGCUCCGUGGACUCGGCGUUGACCCAACAGGACACCAUAUCGAUCGAGUCGCGUCGCGGCGGCGCCCAAGCCACGCCCGCAUCCCUGCUGGACAAGCGGCAGAAGUUCGUCAAGCAGGAUUCGGUCAUAAGCUUUGUGGACCAGCGACCGGAGCCGCGCCGCCAUCAGCUGGUGAAGCAGGACUCGGUCAUCUCGUUUGCCGACCAGCGACGCGGCCUGCUCCACAAGCAGGACUCGUUGAUGACCAACCGUUCCGGCGAUGCGCCCACACACCAUGUCUCCAUACUGAAGAAGACCGACUCGCAGCUCAGCUACGGCACCUCCUCCUCCUCCUCCUCCGCCUCUCCCCGCCGCAACGUCGAGCUGUAUGAGUAGACCCCAACUUGGGAAUAAAUACUUAUAUCUAUCUACACACACUCGUACAUAAGCCUAUAAACUGAUCAGAUCUUGGAGAGCGGAGCAGCAGCAUGAGGGGGGGUAACCGCCUGCGACUGUGAUAGAGGUCGGAAGCUCAGAGCCAGGCUGGCGCCGGGCAAAGGUUCGGACCAAUUUGUUAACGUGUUGGGGCGGGACAUAAACAUGAAAACAAGGUUAGCCCAGUUAACUUCGGCAUGCCGACGAUUUAAUACUCUUGCAGACUAGCUAACUGAUUUUUAAAAACAAAAGAUUACAUAUUACAUUUCCGACCUUAAUAUGCGUAAGCCUAGUUCAAGACGAUUCAAAGCCUGGCUUAAGAUAUCCUGAAUGAGAAAAAAAUUAGUUGCCCUAAAAACCACAUUGAUCCUUUAGCCUUGUUCAAGCCGAUUCAAACUCAUUAAGGCUGGGCUUUGAUAUUUUGAAUGAAAAAAAAGAAAGUAGUUGACCUAAAAAGAAAAUUUCUAAUGACUGUUCCUUUGGUAAUUAUAUGAUAUAAUAGUUCGAUUUUUA